AGAACUCAACAUUGGACAGUUGUAGUUUCGUCGCAAUGGCAGUUACACGCAUCACCGCUUUAACUUUUAUUUUGGCCGUCUUCUACGUUUGCGGCAGCACUAACGCCGCGCCGAAUGGACGCAUAUUGGAGGGUAACGAUGCCGCUGCCGGCGCAUACCCAUGGGUUGUUUCGGUACGUGUCGACAAUUCACACGUUGCAGUAGGUAACAUCAUUGAUGCCAGCCAUAUAAUAACCUCCGGACAUGUGGUCUCUGAAUUGGGCAGCAGAGCCAUUGCCGUUUCGCGUGUUUCGGUGCGUGUGGGCAGUAUUAAUCAAUAUGCCGGCGGUCAAAUUGUCAAUGUGGAAUCGAUCAAUAUUCAUCCAUCUUAUGGCAACUUCCUGAAUGAUGUUGCUAUCAUCAGAUUGCAGAAGCCAUUAACGUUCAGUGCUAAAAUCGCCGCCAUUGCUUUGGCCACCGCCGAAGACAAUGAGUCAUUGGUUGAGGGCACCGAAGUUGCAGUUGCCGGUUGGGGUCUACAAUUGUCGGGCGCCUCACCGUAUAAAUUACAGCAGGCAACCUUGAAAGUGUUGAGCUCGCACGAGUGUGAAUAUCAGGCUGGUUACGGUUAUGAUUCUGUCUUGUGCUUGGAACAUGGCGUUAAUCAGGGUAUUGCGCGUGGUGAUGAUGGUGCUGGUGUUGUGGUUAAUAAGAAGUUAGUAGGUGUGGCGAGUUUCUUCUUUGGCGCCGGUGGUACUAAAUUCCCCGAUGUAAGCAGCAGAGUGUCUUACUACAGCAACUGGAUUGCCGAAACAAUUGCGGCGUCGAAUGAUGCUUAGUGAAAUAUAGUGUAUAUGUUAAAAAAUAAAAAAUAGUGUACCUUGACACAAAUGAACGAAUAAAAAGAUUUGAUAAGAAAAUAA